AUGGAUCUCUUCGCCGCCGCAUACGACGACGUCGGUCUGAGCACCAACACAGAGAAAACGGUAGUUGGGCACCGGCCACCACUAAGCGCUGCUUACUAUACAUCUCACAUCAACGUGAACGGCUCCCAACUGCAAGCCGUAGACGGCCUCAAAUAUAUGGGCAGCACCCUCUCUCAUAGCACCGAAAUCAACGACAAAGUGGCCUCCCUGAUUUCCAAGUACAAUCAAACCUUCGGACGCCUGCAGAACACCGUCUGGAAUUUUCAUGAUCUGCAUCACAAUGCCAAGCUCGAGACUUACGAAGCGGUUUUCCUGCCAACUGCUGCAUGGGGUGGAGACCUGGAAGGUUUACAUGAUACAGGUGCAAAGGCUCAACCGUCUCCAUCUCAGCUCUCUUCGACGAAUACUGAAGCUGAGAUGGUAGGACCGGAUCCCAGACACGACCGUACCGUAACGGACAGGAAAUCUCAGCAUCCACGCCAUGCUGAGACAACUGCACCUGCGCUGGAGCGGCCACCACGUGCGGAUGGACGACAAGUGGUUACCCAAACGGCUCUUCAAUGAAGAUGUCGCCACCGGUUCCCGCCGGCAGGGGGAUCAAGUGCGCUGCUGCAACGAUAACCUGAAGACGUUUCUGAAGAGUCUGCAGACCAAACUGGUCAACUGGGAAGACUUCGUACGGGACCGGCCGGCCUGGAGGUUGACAGUGGAGGCGGGAGCAGCGAUCUAUGGAGCCAACCGCGUAACUGUCACUAAAAGCAAACAAGAAACUCGUAAAUCCCAAGUGCCUCUACCACGCAACGCCAACCUGCCCACCAUGCCAGCGGACGUUCCAGGCACCAAUCGGUCUCGUAGGACAUCUUCGGACGCAAUGCGCAAACAACCUGGUAAUGCCUAUUCUCCUCCCACUCUCACCCCUGCCGCAAAACCCGCGCACAACUUCACCUCCGUCACUGCCGAUAACAGAGUCGCUGCCCCUGGACACCAGCCACCGACCUCAUCCGCCCUGCCCCAACCCCUGCGUUGA